CAGGGUUUAACCCCACACCCCCUCCCUCCCCUUGUGCCUCCUCCUCCUCCUCCUCCUUCCCUCCUCCCUGUAACCUCCAAAAGGGGAAUUUUCCAGCCGGUAAUUUCUGCUGCGUCAACACCCAGCUCUAGGGAGAGGAGACAAGGGGCAUUUUAGUAGCUCCCACUGCCCAUGAGAGGCUCUUACCCAAACCCCAGAAUUAAAAUUCUUCCCCCAAAACGCAGCCUAUAGGCAAGUUACACCAAGAGUUUCUGAAGAGUCUAUGUCUCAAAACUGCCUGGAAAAAGGGGAUGAGAUGAAACUGAGGCUCAGAGAACUUAAGGGAUCCACUAAUUAUGUAAUCAUUGGCAAAUAUCAGAGCUGGGAUUUGAAUCCAGGUCUACUCUUCCAAGUUGGAUGUUCUUAUCACUUCAGCAGACUGCCUCAUUUCAUACCAAGACAUUUUGAAGAACUCUUCAGAGACUUUACUAGGAACAUUUUUCCUCGAUGCAUUAAAAAGAUGUAUUUUACUACUGUGACACACAGCUAAAGAAACAAUUUUCAGCAUUGGGCUUAUAGAAGAAAAAAAACACAGAUUUCCAAAUGAAUAACAGAAAGGAAGAUAUGGAGAUUGCCUCCCAUUACCGUCAUCUUCUUCGUGAGCUCAAUGAGCAGAGACAGCAUGGAAUCCUCUGUGAUGUUUGCAUUAUAGUAGAGGGGAAGAUCUUUAAAGCUCACAAAAAUGUUUUGCUUGGGAGCAGCCGCUACUUCAAAACGCUAUACUGCCAGGUACAGAAGACUUCUGAUCAGGCUACAGUUACUCAUUUAGACAUUGUCACUGCACAGGGCUUUAAAGCCAUUAUUGACUUCAUGUACUCUGCUCACCUUGCUUUAACCAGCAGGAAUGUUAUUGAAGUGAUGUCAGCUGCUAGUUAUCUUCAGAUGACUGAUAUUGUGCAAGCCUGUCAUAAUUUUAUAAAAGCAGCUCUUGAUAUAAGCAUAAAAUCUGAUGCAUCUGAUGAACUUGCAGACUAUGAAAUUGGUGCUCCUUCCAGCAGUAGUACUGAUGCAUUGAUUUCAGCAGUAGUAGCUGGUAGGAGUAUUUCUCCAUGGUUAGCUCGGCGAACAAGUCCAGCAAAUUCCUCUGGAGAUUCAGCCAUUGCCAGUUGUCAUGAAGGAGGAAGCAGCUAUGGGAAAGAGGAUCAGGAACCAAAAACAGAUAGCCAUGAUGACAUUUCAUCACAGUCUUUGUGGACUAGUGACAUGGGAUAUGGGUCUUUGCGUAUUAAAGAAGAACAAAUUUCGCCAUCACAUUAUGGUGGAAAUGACUUGCGUACUAUCAAGGAUAGUUCAGUACAGAACACUUUCUCAGAACAAGGCAUAGGGGAAAGUUGGCAGCCCACAGGCCGUAGGAAGAAUCGAAAAAACAAAGAAACUGUACGUCACAUUACCCAGCAAGUAGAGGAUGACAGCCGAGCAAGUUCUCCAAUGCCAUCUUUUUUAUCUGCUUCAGGAUGGCCAUAUAACAAUCGUGACCCAAAUGCUGAUUUGACAGUGACAGAACCCAGCAGCUCUGAUAGCCGGGGGGAGAGAGCUGACCUCUAUGCAAAUGCUGAUGAGGCCCUCCUUGGAGGAGAAGCUAGCUACCUGUCUCAGCCCCUCACCCCAGAGAAAGAAGAUGCACUGCACCAGGCUACAGCUGUUGCUAAUUUACGGGCGGCUCUCAUGAGUAAGAACAGCUUGCUGUCUCUCAAAGCAGAUAUGCUAGGAGAUGAUAGCUCUCUGCUGUUUGAAUACUUACCCAAAGGCACACAUUCAUUAUCUCGGCCUGGCACCAACUUGAAUCGUUCAUGGGGCGAAUUUGAUAGCAAAGUGGAAGCAUCAUCUCCCCAGCUGCCUUCAUCACACCUUUCCAAUCAGAGCCCCCCUGGGAUCUACCAUUCUGGUGAAAUGUCACCAGAAACGAUGAUCAAGGGAGAGAUGCCUCCUUCAGCUCAGGCCACCUGUAACGGGCUUUUCACCUUGUGGCAACUGGACACUGACACAGAUCUAAGUGCAUCAAGAUCCGAAGAUGUUUGUUUAAACAGCAAAACCCUCUUUCAUGAUCCUGGCUUGAAUCAGAGAACACUGUGUGGCUUCUGUGGGAGGGUUCUGUCCAGUCCAGAAAAGCUAAGGGAGCACAUCCAGAAACAUGCCUUUUCUAUGUUUCUCCCAAUUGACUUGACUGAUUGUUCUCAGCCUCUCAUCACUAGUUUGACUGAUAAUGUACAGCCAGGUCAGCUUGACCGUUUCCAGUGCUCCAGGUGCCCAGCCAGCUUCACCUUGAAGUCCAAUAUGGAUAGACACGAAAAAACAAUUCACUGCAACCACAAGAAGAUGCAGUGCUCUUGCUGCUUAAAGUUAUUUCGGGACAAGACAGACCUGAACCGACACCUUUUAUCAGUGCAUUCAAGAGAACGUUCUUUUAUGUGUCUCUUCUGUGGCAAGGGUUUUGGUACCCAGAAAAACCUUACCACCCAUGUCAAAGUGUGCUACGUGGGCCCUUCUCAGGCAGUGACAGAAGAGCUUUCAGAUAUUAUAGAACCAGAUGAGGAAAGUAGUUGACUAACAAAAUGAUGAGAGGAGAAGUCAGAAAAUAGCAAGCCUGGUGGGAGAUGGACCUGAAGCUUGAUUUAUUAUUUUUAAAUGAUUAGCCUUACAUUUUGCAACGUUAUAUUCAGCUGAACCAGGUUUACCAUUAAGGGAAGACCAUCAAUGCCUACAUGGUGGAUCAGGAGCUCCUUUGGCUCCAGAUACCUGAGUUUAAAUUGAAUAACAAUCAGCUAGAAUCUCCAGCCAAGCUACUUUGUUAAGGUUGGACACGUCUAGAAGGAACUGAGAAUGUAACAUCCGCUACAGGGGAUGGGGUGGAGCCCAGUUCCUCUGAUCUUUGUAAUUAAAGUCCCAUCAUUUCCUGGAAAACCAGGACAGUGGAAUAUAACCAAAGUAUAUUAAUUUUGUGAAUGUAUUUAUACACGAAAUGCCCUUUGUAUUUGAAGAUAUUACUGAUAAUAAUGUCUGGGUUGUUAUGACUUAGAAGACCUAUUAAGAACCUUCCCAAACUACUCAUAUCAGAAUAUUUCUGAUAAUGUUUUUGGAUGCCCUCUGUUCUUUGGGUUCUGUUUUUUGUUAGCUAUGGUUCUAUUAAGUCAUUGUCCUGUUCAUUUAAAACAAGAAUUGCAUAUCCUUAGAGAUUGGAAGGAGUCCAGGGUAAUGGUUUACAUUUUGCUAAAAACAGCUUCCACAGUGCAGGGGAACCCUGGAAAGAAGCAAGCAGAAGGUUAAAGCCAGUAUAAAUUGGUGUGUGUAUGUGCAUUUUUCAAGGGGGUUAGGAUACCAUUAGAUUUGGUUGUCUUUCCCCACCACUUCCAAUAUAUACUUCUUUCUCUCCUCUAGAUUACCCCUUCCUGCUCACAUAAUCAAGCUCCCUUCCUUUCUUUUCCUUUCCUCCUUCUUCCUUCAAUCACAUCUAUGACGGUGAUGAUGAUAGCUAGCAUUUAUAUAGUGCUUUAAGGUUUGUAAAGCCUUGUACAUGUUCUCUUACUUAAUACUUAAAAUAACCAUGUUAGGUAGAUGCUUCUAUCAUCUCCAUUUUAUAGAUGAGGAAACUGAGGCUGAGAGGUUAAAUGACUUGUCCAGGGUCACACAGUUAGUAGUAUCUGUGGCAGGUAUUGAACUUAGGUCUUUCUGACUCCAAGUCCCAACACUUACCCACUGCAUCACUUUACUACCUAUACUGGGAGAUCUUUCCAAAACCUGACCUCAGGGCCCAAGGUUUUCAUUUAUGCCAUGACUCCUGAGCAGUCUAAUUCACCCUAUCUAUAGAAUACCAGUUUUCUAAGCUCAGAUCUUUCUGGUAAUUAGAGAUUAGGUGUAGAGAGAGUGCCUGAGAGUGGGGGAAGGAGAGGACUUGACUUUUUUAAAAAAUCAGGUUCUCUCCCUUUUUACCUGUAUAAGUGAGGUCUCCUUUGUACCUGUUCAUUUUGUUGCUAUAUUUGACCAAAAAUGACCAUGUGGUAGUGAUCUCUUUAUAUAUUUAAAUGACCAGCUAUUGUCAAUCUUUCUGUGGUUUGAAAAUUUUCAUUGCUCUAAAUUAAAUGCCUUCCAGAGUUUGAAGUCACUUAUACAGAAGGGGAAGCUUUAAUUUUUUCCUGUAGUCAGUUUGCUCCCACAGGUUUUCAGAGGUUACAAAUUGAAUCUGUUAUGAUCCUAUUCUAUUAUUAAUCGCAUAACCCUGUUGUGAAGUAUAAAAUUUGAGCAUUCUCAAAUGGGUAGGGAAAAUAAAUUCUACUCCAAACAAGACAACUGGCACUGGCCUGUCUCUGAAGGGAAAGUACCGUUAGAAAUUAAGACUUUUCCUUUUUUUUUUUUUUUAUUCACAUGUAAGAUUUAAAGUAGGGAAAGCCAAUUGUAAUGAAUGUAGAGUGAAGGCAUUGUGAGCAGUCCUUAGAUCAGUUCCCAAACAACUUUUCCUUCUUAACAUUUAAGCUUUUCAUUGCCAUGUGGGGUGAUCUUCACAUUCUCAGUAAUAGAUGUUUUAUUGACUUUCUAAAAUAGUUUAAAAUUUUGUAGGCCAACUUCACUCUAAAAGAUAAAAGAGUUGGUUUGUGAUGUUAGAAAAGGCAAAGAUUUAAGGCACGGAUUCUGCAAAGUUGAUCUGUUAUUAUGCAAAAUAUUGGAAUCACCCAUCUCAUAUGAGUUACUAAUUAUUUGUCUUCUGUACUUCAGGUCUGUUGCAUUUCUUACCUUAAGGUAUUAAGGUUUGGAGUUUGGUUUCAAAGAGAAUCUAUUUUUCAAUAUGCUACUUGAAUAUUUCUUAGAAAAUAGGAAAGGGACUUUUUUUCCCCAGUAACAGAGUAAGAUAAAUAAUAGAAAUGUAUUUACUACUACAAAAUUUGCUUCAUCUUAUGAUAAUCAUUUAUACAACAUUUAGAGGAAUAGGAGAAACUAGGUUUAAAUCCCAGCUCUUCUACUUAAUACCUCUCCGGCCCUGGGGAAGUCACUUAAUCUUUCAAGAUCUCAGGUUCCUCAUCUGGAGAAUAAGGAGGUUGGAUGAGAUUAUCUCUCAGAUCCUUCCAGUUUUACAUCUUUGAUUUCGAGUUUACAAAGCUUUUUACUCACAACAGCUCUGUACUGUGGGGAUGGUCUCAUGAUCUCCAUUGUACAAGUAAAACUAAGGAAAUUGUAAUAUUUUGCCAGUAGUCACAGCAUAGUAUCGAUCAGAACUGGAAUAGUAAAGUCAUUUCCUUUAAAUAAUCCACUGUUUUUGUCAGACUUGAAUGUGGAUGCCUACUCUUCCUUAAGGCUGAAGGGAUGAUAAUUCACACUGAGGUUUUCAUCCUUAACCUUUAAAGUCUUUAAUUCUUUUUCUGGCACAAAUUGAUCUAAUUACAAUUGAAAGAGCUUUUAUUUCUGAUUUUAAAACAACAACAAUAACAAUAACAUAGCACCUUAAAGUUUACUAUGCACUUUCUUCACAGUGUCACUGAGAGUGAGAUAAAAUAUAAAUUUUAUAGAUGAGGAAAACUAAGUCAAAGAGUCUGAUGUUGCAUAGUGAGGAUCAGAGGCAGCACUUAAACUCAAAUCCUGUGACUCUUAAGACAGUCUUUCCACUUCUACAUACCACCUCUCUAAUGCAGAUUUUUACGGUCCAGUAGAAAAUAUUCUGGACUCUACUGGGAGUUUGGAAAUCUGGAUUCAUUAUGUUGUUAUCACUUAGCUUUUCUGGGCCCUUAUUGCAAAGUGGGAGAUGAACUUCGUGAUCUCCAAGAUCCCUAAACUUCUGCUCCCUUUGGAUUUUGAUGACCAGUUAUCCAUGAAUUGGCUUGGUACCAAAUUAUUUAGUGGAAAACAGAAAUCAAGUUAUUUAUAUAAUAGCAGCAAAGGCCAGCAAGAAAUAGCUUGAGUGCAUAACACCUUAAGAAUUGGAGCUGUAUCCUUAGAAGGUAUUUGUGAAAGCCAAAUAACCAAGAGAGAAUUUUCCCAUUGGUAUUUUGUAAUACUUUGUUGAGAAGUCUUGAAGGUGUAGUUUCCUGAUAAUUAUGUUAUAGUAAGUAUAGUAAGAUUAAGAUUUUCAAGUUGUAAAGUGUUUACUUAGAGGAAAAAAUUGUAGACAUAAUUCAUUGAUGCUUUGAAGUGCACCAAGUAGGCAAAUGUUUUCUUUCACAAGAGCUCAAAACAUAGUGUUAAAUAGAAGCACUUAGUUUGGAGGGCUUGUUUGCAAGAUAUAGUUAUUCCUUGCCCUUUUUUUUUUUUUUGGCAGGGCAAUGGGGGUUAAGUGACUUGCCCAGGGUCACACAGCUAGUAAGUGUCAAGUGUCUGAGGCCGGAUUUGAACUCAGGUACUCGUGAAUCCAGGGCUGGUGCUUUAUCCACUGCGCCACCUAGUUGCCCCCUAUUCCUUGCCCUUUAAGGGAUCUUAGGGUCUUGCCUUAGGGUCUUUAACUUCUAACAGUGCCUUAAGUAAAGAUGCAGGGUUGACAAUUUCAUUGGGAGAGAGUGAUUUGUGUAAUUGUAUGUCAUGAGCAGUCAAGUAGUUUCAUAGUGGGAAUGAGCAAAAAAUAGGGAGAACAAGUACUUCCCAGAGGGAGUACCAGAAAUCUGUAUAGUAUAGAAAUCUGGGUGCAGAAUUUGGGAGUUUUUGGCAUAGAUAUCCCAGGACCUGUAGUGAGGUUGGGGAGGAAGGGAACUAAAUGUGUGGCUUUUAACAAGGGUUGAAUAUACUUUGAUUUUGGCACUGACUACUAAAGCAGUAUUUCUGUAGAUGCAUUUCUAAUUAUAGGCAAAUGUUAUGAUCAAGAUUUCUUUAUUAGAUAAAAUUAUGUCAACCAAAAUGUAAUGUUUUUAUUAUUGAUUUGAAAAACAUGCUGAAUGAGAGAGGAAAUUCUCUCACUAGACAAAGAUUUUUUUAAAAAUGUUCUAAUAUGGCAACAUAUUCAAACUUAAUUCACUAGAUUUUUGGAUGUUAGAACUAGUCAUUUAAAGGCUUUUUAAAAAUUUGGUGACUCAUCUUUUUUGCAUAAUCUAAUUGGUCUUGCAUUUGUUUAGUAGUUAAAAGUUUAUUCAUCUUUGCCUAUGAAAAUAAAACUGUGAUGUGUAGCUCUUUCUAAAAUACAUUGACUAUAAAAUAACCUUUUUAAAGGUGGUGCUAAAUUAUUUUUUAAAUGCAUAAUCAAUUUUAAAUUACCUCAGUGAUCUUGGUAAUGUUAGUUGAGAAAAUACAAAAAUAUCUUAUUUUUGGAUGCCUCUUAAAAUGCAUGUUUUAUAUGAAGUAUUUCUAUUUUUUUCAAUGUAGGAUUUUUAGGGAGGAAAUGCUAAAUUACCUCAUGCUAAACUUUAUGCCAGAUCAAUCAGUCAAUCAACAGGUAUUUGUUUACCUCAGAGGUCAUAAUCAGUGAUUACUUUUUAGGACUCUGAUGCGGCUACUUUUAGGGAAUGAUAUUUACAAUCCUAGAAAAACCGCUACUAAGUUACGUAUUUGUAUCACUUAUGUUUAAUAUAGUCCAAUUUUAUGAAAUACAGAAACCUAAAACAUGCAAUAAUUUAAAAUAUUUUUUGUAUUUUUGAGUAUUUAUAAAAGUAGAAAUAGAAAGCAUGAAUGUUCCUCCCCUACUGCUGCAAGUUAAUUUUAAUAAAGCAACUAAAACUCAUUCCUUUGUUUUGCUUUUUCCAUCUGAAAAUAGAAAUUUUAGAAUUUGUCAUAUUAGGGGCAGCUAGGUGGUGAAGUGAAUAGAGCACUGGCCCUGGAGUCAGGAGGACCUGGAUUCAAAUCUGGCCUCAAACACUUAACACUUACUAGCUGUGUGACCCUGGGCAAGUCACUUAACCCCAAUUGCCUCACCAAAAAAAAAAAAAUAGUAUAAAAAAGAAUUUGUCAUAUUAAAUGUUAUCUUUAUAUAGUUUUAUGGUAUUAUAUGUUUGGUCAUCAAAUUAAGUUCAGCAAGGGAUUAGAAAGUAGAAAAGGAAAGGAGGAACAUUUAUGGGUUUUUUUUUUUAACUUUAUAGAACUAUACAGUAGGAGUUACUGAUUCUUGGUUCAAAGUAUAAGAGAUUACUUGAGUUUUUUCCUUGUUGGUGAAUAACUUAGGGAAAAAAAUUAUUAUUGUUGAUUCAAGGAAAGAUCCACAACUUCUUGAAUAACAAUGUACUGUUGUAGCCAUAAGAACUCUGCAAAUAAAAUUGGUGUUUAUGAUAUUGUCCCAAAAA